AUGACAGUCAGUAAGCAUGUGUAGUGUCAGUAGUUUUUAAAUUUUUAGGUUAUUUAUAUUAGCUAUUCUUGUUAUUUAUUUACAAUUCGAAUUCGAUUUAUAGUGCUUUUAAUUAUCUUUGAUUACUUACAAAUUACAGAAAUUAAAACUGAUAUAGAAACGGUUAAUAGUUCUUGAUUAUAUAUAUAUAUUAAUUUACAAUUUUAAUUUAAGACAACAUUAUCUAAAUAUCAAAAUGUUGUGUCCAGAAGUCUGGAAUUUCCCACCGCCAAAAGUUAUGACUUAUCAGAAACGCUCUGAAUCAAUUGACUCGAUAAUAAAAACUGUGAAAAUGAAUCAUUUUUACAAAAGUUUGGUUGUUACGUUACCUGAUAACUUGCAAGUGCCUGCUUACAUUGAAGAAUCACUUACAGAAGAUACGGAUUACUAUAAAAUAUCCAACUGUCCAUUAACGGAGUUUUUAGAACCUGUGUUUAUAGAUAGUUUUGUUAAGAAUGGCAAAUUACACUGUUUAUCUACUGAUAGGAACUGCAUUACGCAGAAUUGCUUCGCCAUAACUCCUGAUGGUGUACUAACUUUACACAUAAUCGAAUUUAUAUAUCAAACGCUGGGUUUAGAAGGUACAAAACGACCACAUAACUUUUAUGAAAUAAGAAUCGAUUUGAAAAACAUGAAAAAUUUUAUUAGAAUUAAGAGCGCUUUAAAUAAAUUGGAAACAUUCAAUUUUAUUUUAUCGUGGGAGCCAAAUUCUGAAGAUAUAUGCCCAUCGUCAAUUGCAAAGUAUUUUAAUGAUAGGAAUAUACAGGUCUCAGUUUCAUCAGUACAAGUGGAAACAUUGACACCUCCUGUAACAGAAAUACCUUCAUUGAAGGACGUAGAACUUGAGGAUAUGGUUGAAUGGAUUGGAAUGUUGGCUCACAAUGUUGACCUGACAGAUGUUCCAAGUUACAUUAGCACAUAUGACCAACCUGAUAGUGAAUAUGCCUUAAAGUCUACUAGAAUAUCAGUGUCCAUUGUAAAAGGAAUGUUGACACCAAAUAUUAUUGAAAACACAUGUAAACACAUAGAGAAAUAUGUAUUCUCAAGAGAUUUAGAUAACUAUUGGUCAUCACUAAGUAUUCAGAGCUAUGAGGAUAGCCUCUGGCAGUGGAACACCAGCAGCCCUGCCAUGUUUCAAGCACAUGAUUCGUCUUGUAAUAUAUUUAUUACGAAUAGCGGUGAAAAUUUAAUAUAUUCUAUUGGACAAUUAAAAUAUUCUUAAUCUA